AUGUCCGGAAAGCAGGCGGCAAAAGGCUGGCCGGGCAGCGGCAGCCGGAAAGCUGAGGCCCAGCGCCAGCGGGACAAGCGGGCGCCACGACGGGCCCCAACCAAGGCGCAGGGGAAGCGGCCUGGGCCCGGCGGUGGACGCCCCGAGGAGUUCAUCAGCUUCACCAACCAGCUGCGAGCCCUGGGGCUGAAGCUGCGGGAGGUGCCCGGGGACGGCAACUGCCUGUUCAGAGCUCUUGGUGAUCAACUGGAGGGUCACUCCCGAAACCAUCUCAAGCACCGACAGGAGACGGUGGACUACAUGAUAAAGCAGAGGGAAGAUUUUGAACCCUUUGUAGAGGAUGACAUUCCAUUUGAGAAACAUGUGGCCAGUUUGGCACAGCCUGGUACUACUGCAGGCAAUGAUGCAAUCGUAGCCUUUGCAAGAAACCAUCAGAUGAAUGUGAUGAUUCAUCAACUCAGUGCCCCUUUGUGGCAGAUUCCUGGUACAGAUAAAAGCAAUGUCAGGGAGUUACACAUCGCCUACCGGUAUGGAAAACAUUAUGACAGUGUUCGAAGAAUCGAUGACAACUCAGAAGCACCUGCUGAUGUUCAGAUGUUUCAUCAAGAUGAACCAAAUAAAAGAGAAAAGAUCAAGACAAAGGCAGUGGACUUUGAAGACGACCUGAGAGAUGAAGUAGAAGAUGCCGUCCAGAAAGUUUGUACUGUGACUGGAUGUUCAGACUUUAAUUUAAUAGUCCAGUACCUGGAAGCCGAAAAUUAUAAUAUUGACUCUGCAAUAAUUGCCAUGCUUCAGACGAACCAGGAGGAAAGAAAUACUGUGGAGCCCAACCCUGAGUCCAGCAGCCAAGUGCUGAAGCAGUGUGGCCCUUCGUGGGAGCAGGGGGGCAGUGGCUCUAGAAUCUUUGGAAAUCAAGGCUUAAAUGAAAGCAGGGCUGAAAACAGUAAGGCGCAGGGCAGCCCUGGGGAGGAAAGCAAACCGGAUAAAAGCCAACCCAAGGGCACAAACAAGCAGAGGAGGGAGCAGCAGCAACUGGAAAAGAAGAAAUGGCAGAAGAGGAGGCAACACCAGAAAGCCCUAGAGGACAGAAGGAGCCACAGGCACAACAGAUGUGGAGCAGAUGUGAAUACGUCACCUUGGUGA